AUGCUGUUUCGUAGAACGUGGUCGUUGUUCUCUUACGACGAAUCUAAUGGCAACGGCGGUUCCACCUGGCGUGUGGCUGCACCAGUUUUGAUCCUGGUGACCCUAGCUGUAUGCACCGCCGCCGCUGUUCUCGUUUGGAGGCAUCGAAGGGCGCAGAAUAGUUUCACCAGAUUCGCAAAUUCUCAUUACGACACGAGGACUGGUGCUACUACUAUUGGCGCAGGAGGAGUUUUAGAUGACGAUGUUCCUGAUAUAAGGCCGUUCUCCGACGACGAACCUUUGGUUUUAGCGUAGACCAAAAUUUUGUAAGCGCUGUAUAAUAAAUCAUAUUUAAGUAUUGUUUUGAAUUAAUAAACCUAUUUCGUGUU